AUGGCUGCCAAGCACAAUGUAAUCAGAUCAAUCAGCUUGCUCUCAAGGUCGCACCCCACCACUAUUAGAGUUGAAGAGGAGCUCAGCAAGCUCCAAGCAUCUUCAUCUUGUGCUUCAACUUCAAACUCAAUCUGCAAAUCUCUAUAUGGUCUAGAGGAGUUGUAUGAGUGUGUGGACGAUCUUUUACAGAUGGCAUCAACCCAACAGCUCCUUUCACAACAUCAACAGCAGAAAUGCAUGGAUGAUUUGUUGGAUGGAUCAGUGAAGCUCUUGGACAUAUGUGGUAUCACAAGAGAUACCAUUUCAACAAUCAAGGAACAUGUUAGAGCUCUUCAAUCUGCUCUUAGGAGGAGAAAAGUAGACUCAAGCCGUGAAAGCUGCAUUGCCAAUUACACUUGUUUCAGAAAGAAGAUGAAGAAGGAUGCCAAGAAAUUGAUCACAUCUUUGAAGCAAGUAGAUAACAAAAUUGAAGCAUCACAACUUUUAGAGCAAGACCACCAUCUCACCGCUGUAAUUCGAGUUCUUAGAGAAGUUUGUGUCGAGAACAUGUCUAUCUUCCAAUCCCUCUUGGUCUUUUUAGCUGUUCCUGUUUCAAAGCCAAAGGCAAACAAGUGGUCUUUGGUAUCAAAGUUCAUGCACAAGGGAGUGAUAGAAUGUGAAGAUCAGAACGAAGACAUUAUUGGCCAUGAGUUGGAUGGUGUUGAUACUGCUCUCUACUCUCUAUCCAAAUCUUCUUCAGCUGAUGUUGAGAAGGUACAAAGUGCACAAAAAAGAUUGGAGGCUUUGGAAAUCAUCAUUGAAGGCCUUGAGAAUGGUUUGGACAGCGUUUUCAGGCGCUUGAUUAAAACAAGAGCUUCUCUUUUGAACAUAAUCUCCCAAUGA